UCACCGAGGCGAUUGUAUCGCACGGCGCCGCGAUCAUUUUGCAGACUUUCACUCUUAAGGGGAUACUAGCGUAGCAAGAUACGAAACUCCGCGCGGAGUUGGCUCAGUUCGUCGAUCGAGCUCACGAGAAACGCACGCGCGCGUGCAACGUCUGUGUUGUGGGACUAGUGACCUUCAUCGUUCGUACGAGUCGCCCUGUGCAUGCACUCCUGUCCUAUAUCCAGUGGCGGCAAGCGGAGUGUUCGGACAGGACGCUUGCAGCGCGGUAUUGCCAGAGGGCAGGCUGAUGUGCUUUACGUGUAGUGCAGUGUGUACGAGGACAAAUAUUAUUGUUUAGCUAUUGUUGACUGUUUAUGAUGUCGCCGGACAGUAACUACGGGCGCUAUGACACGCCCGUGCCUGGGGCGGCUCUGUGUCCACCAGACAACAUCAUGAGCCCGAUACACAAGGAGAGAGAACCAGAGCUGCAUAUCGAGUUCGAUGGCACUACAGUUCUGUGCCGGGUCUGUGGAGACAAAGCUAGCGGGUUCCACUACGGCGUCCAUUCCUGCGAGGGCUGCAAGGGGUUUUUCCGUCGCUCCAUUCAACAGAAGAUCCAGUACAGACCGUGCACCAAAAAUCAGCAAUGUUCCAUUUUGAGGAUAAACAGAAAUCGGUGUCAAUACUGCCGGUUGAAAAAGUGCAUCGCCGUCGGAAUGAGCAGAGAUGCCGUCCGGUUCGGGCGCGUGCCGAAACGCGAGAAGGCUCGUAUUUUGGCCGCGAUGCAGCAGUCGUCGUCAUCCAGGGCGCAGGAGCAGGCCGCCGCCGCGGAGCUCGACGACGCCCCGCGGCUGCUGGCUCGAGUCGUGCGCGCUCACCUCGACACGUGCGAGUUCACGCGCGACCGCGUGUCCGCAAUGCGAGCACGUGCGCGCGACUGUCCCACAUACUCCCAACCUACUCUGGCCUGUCCGCUAAACCCGGCCCCAGAGCUGCAGUCUGAGAAGGAAUUCUCUCAGAGGUUCGCCCACGUGAUCCGUGGUGUGAUAGACUUCGCCGGUCUCAUUCCUGGUUUCCAGUUAUUGACUCAGGACGAUAAAUUUACGUUAUUGAAAAGUGGUCUUUUUGACGCUCUGUUUGUGCGCCUCAUUUGUAUGUUCGACGCUCCACUCAAUAGUAUAAUCUGCCUCAAUGGACAGUUGAUGAAACGGGACUCUAUCCAGAGCGGUGCUAAUGCGCGUUUCCUUGUGGACUCUACAUUUAAGUUCGCGGAGCGAAUGAACUCUAUGAAUCUUACGGAUGCCGAAAUCGGUCUCUUCUGUUCCAUAGUCUUAAUCACACCUGACCGGCCGGGACUUCGCAAUAUUGAACUCGUCGAGAGAAUGCACGCUCGCCUCAAAGCUUGCCUCCAGAGCGUCAUCACCCAAAACAGACCAGAUCGGCCCGGAUUUCUCCGUGAGCUUAUGGAUACGUUACCUGAUCUCCGUACAUUGAGUACACUUCACACUGAAAAGUUGGUCGUAUUCAGAACAGAACACAAAGAAUUGUUGCGGCAGCAAAUGUGGGGCGAGGAAGAAGGAUGCCCGUGGGCGGACUCCGUGGCUGACGAAUCAGCACGAAGUCCGAUCGGUUCAGUGUCGAGCAGCGAGUCCGGAGAGGCGAUCGGCGACUGCGGCACGCCGCUGUUGGCCGCCACACUGGCCGGCCGCCGGCGCCUGGACUCCAGGGGCUCAGUAGACGAAGAGGGCCUGGGUAUCGCCCACCUGGCGCACAACGGUCUCACGGUCACGCCGGUGCGGCCGCAGCCGCGCUACCGGAAGCUGGACUCGCCCACCGACUCGGGCAUCGAGUCCGGCAACGAGAAGCACGAGAGGAUCGUGGGCCCCGGCUCGGGCUGCUCCAGCCCGCGCUCGUCGCUGGAGGAGCACGUGGAGGACCGGCGCGGCGCCGACGACAUGCCGGUGCUGAAGCGCGUGCUGGAGGCGCCGCCGCUGUACGACACGCCGUCGCUCAUGAACGAGGCCUACAAGCCGCACAAGAAGUUCCGCGCCAUGCGCCGCGACGUGGGCGAGGCCCCGCCCCCCGCGCAGCCCGCGCUCUCGCCGCGGCCGCCGCGCGCGCCGCUGUCGUCCACGCACUCCGUGCUGGCCAAGAGCCUGAUGGAGGGCCCGCGCAUGACGCCCGAGCAGCUCAAGCGCACGGACAUCAUCCAGCAGUACAUGCGGCGCAGCGAGGCGCCCGCGCCCGCCCCCCUCUCGCCCGCGCCCGCGCUGCAGCUGCAGGUGGACGUGGCGGACGCGCCGCUCAACCUCUCCAAGAAGUCCCCGUCGCCCGCCCGCUACAUGCCCCGCAUGCUGGAGGCGUGAGCCUGGCCCGCGGAGCCCCGGGACUCCGCCACCCCCCACCCCCCGCUACUUUAAACUAAAUAAACUAUUGUAGUUAAUCGUUCGCAAAUCGGUUUAAUAUAUUAUAUGUGAUAAUUCGGUUAAGACGCGUGUUUGAGUGACCGGUGCCGGACGAGGAGAGCGCAAUAGACUGAGUAAUAAUUUAAGACUAAAUAAGUUUAAUUUAUAAUUAAUGCAUUGCAGUACCGGUCGCGCUGUGUUUGUGUGUGUACUAUGCUGUAUUGUGUGUGCGUAUGUAUGUGGGCGUGCUCAGUCAUUUGUUUGUUAAUAUAACGACACAUUGUCGAAUUUAAAUAAAAGAGAAUCGUAAAAUUUA